GAAAAAAUGGAACCCUAAUUGCUCUCUUCCCCCGACGCCAAUAAAUCUAAAUCGCUUCUGUAUUCUCGUCCUCAAUCGCUAAUCGCUCUCAAUCGCUCCAUAGAUCUCGUGUGCGCCACUGUUCUUCGCACUACAGACUUUGUGGCUAUAUGGAAGGGAAUAGGCGGCCCUCCUUCAAGAAACGCCCAAACCCCCAUUUUAAGAAGGGCGGUAAUAAAAGAGGGAAGUUUAGUGAACCAUCUUCAGAAAGCUCUCAUGCUUCAGAGACUGUCUACCGAAUACUAUGUCAGUCUAAAAAAAUUGGUAGUGUAAUUGGAAAAGGUGGUGGGAUAGUCAAAGCCUUGCGAGAGGAGACCCAAGCUAAGAUUACAGUUGCUGAUUCAGUUCCUGGUUCAGAGGAAAGAGUAAUAAUGGUAUAUAGUCCUUCUACAAAGAAGGCAGUAAAAAAUAAUACCAGUGAUGAUCAUGAUAAUGAAGACAUGGGUGCUGAGAAAAAUGUUACUGAGCUGCAUUGUGCAGCCCAAGAUGCUCUUUUAAAAGUUCAUGAUAAGAUUGUUGAGGAAGACAUAGUGGGUGGAACUGAGGAUGGUGACGGUAAUGAAAUUGUGGUAAUUGCACGUCUGCUUGUUCCAAACAAUACAGUUGGGUGCCUUUUGGGAAAAAAAGGAGAUGUCAUUCAGAGAUUACGGAGUGAGACUGGUGCAAGCAUACGUGUUCUGCCUGCAGAUCAACUUCCGGCAUGUGCUAUGAGCACUGAUGAGUUGGUGCAGAUAUCAGCCAAACCAUCUGUUGUAAGACAAGCUCUCUAUGAAGUGUCUACAUUGUUGCAUCAGAAUCCACGCAAGGACAAACCUCCAUCAAGUUUCAUAAUGCCUGUUGGGGGCCAAGGAUAUCGUCCUGGUCCCCCCAUGGAAAAUAUGCCGCCUCCAAAUUUAAUGCGGCCCGAGCGUCGCUCAAAUGCCCGUGGUGCACCACCGAUUCCAUGGAUGGGGGGAUAUGGUAAUGAGCCCUCCAGAUUCGGUCGUGAUAGUUUUGAUGGUGAUCGUGCUGCUGCACACGGUGAGGAGAUCCCAGCCGAGUUUUCGAUGAAAAUUCUUUGCUCUGCAGCUAAAAUUGGAGGGGUGAUUGGCAAGGGGGGCUGCAAUGUAAGGCAAUUGCAACAAGAGACUGGGACCAACAUACAUGUGGAUGAUCCAUCUGUAGAGUCGGAUGAGCGAGUGAUUCGUGUAUCUGCCAUUGAGGCUCUAUGGAACCCAAGGUCACGAACAAUUGAUGCAAUACUUUUUCUUCAAGAUAAAACAAGUGACCACAACGAGAAAGGGGUUAUUACUACGAGACUUCUCAUUCCGUCUAGUAAGGUUGGUUGCAUCCUUGGACAAGGAGGUCAAGUAAUCAAUGAGAUGAGGAGAAGAACCAAAGCAGACAUCCGUGUGUACUCUAAGGAAGAAAAGCCCAAGUGCGCUGGUGAAGAUGAAGAGCUUGUGCAGGUGUCUGGGAGCUACGGUGUCGCUAAAGAUGCCUUGGCUGAGAUUGCAUCAAGAUUCAGAGCAAGAGCUCUUCGAGAUGCAAAACCUGGGCCAGAUACUGCUCCAGGUCCAGGAUUUGGGCCGCGAGGAAACUUACCUGGUGAAGGACCAUCCCCUUCUGGUGCCAUAAGACGUGGUCGCUCAGGAGGCUAUGAACCUUUUAAGGGUGGUGGAUGGGAGUAUGAACCUAAUUAUCCAGCUCCUCCAAGGGACUAUGACCCUCGUGGCUUUCCUGCUCCUCCGAAAGACCAUGAGCAGCGUACCUUUCCAGCUCCUCCGAGGGACUAUGAACCUCAUGGCUAUCCUGCCCCUCCAAGGGAAUAUGAACCUCAUGGUUACCCGGUUCCUCCACGUGCCUCAGGAUACCCAGGUGCGGUGGACGGGAAAAUGCCAAGCGGUGGACAGGUUUCUGGUAUGGGACCUGGAGUUCACAACACUAGCGAGGUUCCAGGAACAAGGCAGAGAGUCCAAGAUCCAUAUGCAGCUGCUGUUGUGGAAGCUGUUAGUGAGAUGCAGCAGCAUUUGAGUGCUGCCGCCGCUGCCGCCGUUGCCUCCCAAGGUGUUGAGGGCUACCAAGGAUAUAUUGGACAAAACCGGCCUCCUGCUCAGGCCGCCUACCAUGACAACUACGGUACUCAGCAAGGUCCCUUCUCCGAUAUCAACUCUUCUACACACACAUCAUAUCACAACACCAACACGACCACCGGCACUAGCACCAACCCUCCCUAUGCCCCUCAGCCUCAGCCUCAGCAAGGCCACUACCCAGAAGGUUCAUAUCAGUACGGGCAGUAGCUUUAUUGUACCAUGAUUCACCACACCUUUUUAUGAGACACCCAAUGUGAUGACUAGUACUGUUGUCUACUCGACUCGACUCGACUCUUUAGAAUGUUGACUGACCAGAGAUAAUUGUUACACAUUCUUGAGCCUUUUGUUGCCUACAACUCAAGUGACUUAUUUUGCUUGGACAAGUGUUAGGAUCUUUAUUUUCAGCCUUACUGAAUUGGUUUGGACUCCCUUCAUGUUGAAUUUCCCCCAACAAACCUAGGUUGAAUAUGACCCACAUGCUUGGCUCAUGAAAAUUUAAAAUGUCAGGUUCUGGGUUGGGUUGAGGGCUUUGACCUUGGUCCUAUAGGUUUGGUUCCUAUGGGCUCGUAUGGUCUUGCCUCUUUGGUUUAUUUUGGGCUUACGGAAAAUGUAAGCAAAACCAAUCAAACAAUAUCAUGUCUAAAACAUCACAGCUAGCAGCAGGCUAAAUAAGUAUAAAUGACACCGUAUAGGUUUUGAUAUCUUUUGACCGAGUCACGACCCUCCCCCGAGUAUGGAAACAAAACGGUGACUAGUUCAGGUAGAUGUAAGGUUUUCAUACACCAGGCUUUAACAAGAAGUAUGCAAACAACCAAAUUGAGAGAUUUAUUCCUUGAUCUUCAAAGUAGGGUUAAUGACCUCUGUUGGUUUUUCUUCUUUCUGUCAAGAAAUUGAAUCAACGGGAUCGAAUGUAAGCUUUCAAAUUAUAAAAAACCUCUACACCCUACUGGGUUGGGCUGUAAGAUUUCCCGGUUUAGGGUGCUUAAGUUCCAUCUAGAAAAUAUGGAGUUGUUUACCAACACAAAUUGGAUAAGCGCUAACCGAGUAAGUGAGGCUCUUGAUCCUUACGAGGACAAAAUUCUCGGUCAAUGACAUUGUGGAUUGCGGGUCGGUACCUCUUUACCCAGUAAAAAAUAAUAGUAAAUAGGCUCUAAACGUUUCUUCUACCUCUUGGAUUUGGAUUUGUUACCGAGAAAAAUGGGUUGAUACACAUCGGGAUGUCAUAGAUUUAAUUAAAAUCUCAUUUAAGGUUAUACAAGGAGCCGGCCAUAUGCCCAUGUAUGUAGUUUUAUUGAAAAUGAUUUUUUUUUUUGUUUUACUUUUUCUAACGGUUAAAAGGAUGUAUUCUGUGUGAUGUAUUAUAUAUGUAUGUGUGGUCUGCUUAUAUUGC